AUGUUUCGUAGGCGCACCGUGUAUGUUUGCCUCAGCCUCCUUGCCGCCGUCCUCGUUGGCACCGUCGUCGUCCUCUCUUCUAUAUCCUACUAUCUUGCGAUCGGCUCCAAGGCCUACUUGACCGAGGUCGAGCUUGAUGCCCCCUUCAACUCUUCCGCUCCUUGGAAUGCCACGGAACACGGAAAAAUUGAACGCAUCCCUCGUAUCCUUCAUCAGACUUGGAAGUCUGAAACUCUCCCGGAAAAAUGGGCGAACGUGUCUCAGGGCUGUCGCGACAUGAUGCCUGACUAUGAGUAUAUGCUAUGGACCGACGCAAGUUCGAGAGAGUUCAUUGCCCAGCAUUAUCCUUGGUUCCUCGACACUUUUGACGGCUAUAAGUAUACCAUACAGCGCGCCGACGUGAUUCGCUACUUCAUUCUCUACCACUAUGGUGGUAUUUACCUUGACCUAGACAUUGGAUGUCUGCGGCCUCUCGACGCCCUGCUCACCUACCCUGUCAUUCUUCCCAAAACCAUUCCCGUUGGUGUCUCCAACGACCUCAUUUUCUCCGAACCGGGCCAUCCCUUCAUGGAACAAACAAUUCAUGGCCUCAUGGCGUUCGACCACAGCUGGGUUCUCAAUUACCCCACCGUCAUGUUCAGUACUGGCCCUAUGUUCCUCUCUGCUCAGUACGGACUCUAUACCUCCACUCACCCACCCACGCUCGCGCAGCCGGGUGGUGAGGUUCGCAUCUUGCCGAAAUCCCUCUACGGCAAGAACGCCAAACCCGAGGAAGCACCACAUUCCUUUUUCUCGCAUUACUACGGCAGCAGCUGGCAUGCAGACGACGCCGCGUUCAUUGGCUUCCUCGGCAAGUGGGGCAAGGGCCUGAUGUGGGUUGGUCUGGUUGUCCUUAUCUUAGGUGUGGUCCGUCUAGCUCUUGCGCCGAGGGUAAAGCCACGCAAGUACCGCCUGAGACGAAUCGGAGGAUAUGAGGUUAUGAUGCCGCGCUGGGUCAUGCGAGAUGGCAGAUGGUACCUCGACCUUGGAUGGUUCGGUCUCCCGGCGUCAGGCGCAAGUACGCCGAUGCAUUCGUCGUCGCCGAUAUCUCUGCCGAGCGACGAGACGUCCGAAGCGGAUGAAGAUGACGUCCAACUCCUGCCGCUUUCAUUCGCCCCACGUUCGACCUCACCCACUGGCUCGGAGAGCUCGGACGCCGUGUCGACAACCUCAUGGCAGCCUCCGAGCGGCAGGUCGACUUUGGACGUUGUACGCCGAGCAAGUCGGAGCGUGAUGUCCACCCUUUUCGGCACGCCCGAGUCACCGCCAGAAGUGCAGCUGCGAAGACGCAUGCGACGCAGCAGGGGCGUGUUGUUCUUUCUUCCGGCAUUGUUUACGCAUUCGCAGGAGAUUGAACUCCCGCGCGGGCGGAGCGUCGAGCGUCCCCGCUCUCGUUUAGCACCGUCACUCAUGCGACGCUCAUCAUUGCCAGAGAAACAACACGACCUCGAGACGGGUUCUUUCUUGUCGACACAAGAUGUGCAAGCACACAGUCGAGUAGCGAGCUCAUCCGGCUUGUCGGACUACUCCACAUCGUCGACAUUACACUCAUGA